UGGGAUCCGAGAAUUACACGUAUAUACAUUGGAUGUUACCUGGAAAACGGAAGACAUGUACACAUAAUGUUCAAUGGGCCCCUCUUGAUUCAAGCAUGCAAUUGUAAAUCGUGAAUUGGGAAGAAAAAUAGCAACUCUGAAAUGAGAUUUAAAGUUUUCAUGUGUUUGUUUGUUUUGCUGUAAAAUGGAUCUUAACAGGGAGAAUUUUAUCUGAAAAAGAAUUUUAUGAUGAGAUAACGAGUUAGGAUUUGAAAAAACAAAAUGUGCGAAAAAAGUUUAAACCAAACAAAAUAUAACUUCUUUAACUGAAACAGUAUGUUUCAAUUUUCCCCGUUUAUUCUUUGUUAAUGGCAUUUUAAACAUGCGCGCGGAUAAAACCGACAUAUAAAGAUUACUAUAUCAAUCGUAGAUUCCUCCUGGGUUCGUGACCAGGGAAGGUCACACAGCGGUCAAGGACAUACAUCACCAUGGGUAACGGAUUGUGCGUAGAAACCUCAAGCUCUUGGACCGUCUUUGACUGGUUAGACAAAGUCCUAGGCUCCGUAGGCAGUUAUGCGGGACUCGGCAAACUCCGCAAUGACGACGAUUUUAUCGACCGUCUCAGCCACCACUACUCUACGAUGUUGCUGGUUAUAUUUACCAUUAUGGUCAGCACCAAACAAUAUGUCGGGGACGCCAUUCAAUGUUGGUGCCCCGCGCAGUUCACGGACGCACAUGUCAAUUAUGCUAACCAGAUAUGUUGGGUGUCUAACACUUAUCACGUGCCGAUGGAAGACGUCAUCCCGUCUGACAUUGACAACCGGAAGGAGCGACAGUUGACCUACUACCAGUGGGUCCCAUACAUCCUUCUUUUCAUGGGCAUAUUGUUCAAGCUGCCGAGGAUUGCUUGGAAAGUUCUUACGUACUCUACAUCUAUCAGUCUUGACAAAGUGGUAUCAAUGGUAUAUGCAUUGCAACUAGCACCCAAAAUGGAAAGGGACGAAAAGAUGAACGAAGUUACGGACUAUCUCGACAGUUGGCUGACGUCAGGGGAGCACUAUAGAGACAUCUGUUGUAUGUCACUAAAGAAUGCUAUUUCUAAGUACUCGUGUUUAGUUUGUGGUCGACGAUAUGGAAAUCAGUUCAUAACAGCUUGUUUACUGACAAAAGUAUGUUAUUUUUUAAACGCAUUUCUACAAUACUUUGCGCUCAACGGUUUCCUAGGGGACGAUUUUGCGGCGUGGGGAUUUGAAAUCCUGAACGGUUUAGCAGACGAAAAUCCAGAUUACAUAAAAUCUUCUCCAAGAUUUCCACGUGUAACUCUCUGUGAUUUCCAGAUCCGCCAAAUGAACAAUGUUCAACGCUGGACAGUACAGUGUGUGCUUCCAAUCAACUUAUUCAACUCUAAAAUAUUCCUUUUUAUCUGGUUCUGGCUCGUGUUCGUUUGUCUCGCGAGCCUCAUGUCACUCUGCACAACAGUGUACGCGUCAAUGUUUCCACUAAACCGCGUUAACUUUAUUAAGAAGUACCUGACACUGCGGAAGGUGAUACACUAUCGCGGUGAGAACAAACUCGUAACGCGGUUCGUUAUGACGUACCUCAAGUUUGACGGUUUCUACGUAUUACGUGUUACCGCUCAUAACGCCACUGACAUUUUGACAGGCCAGCUCAUAGAAAACUUGUUUCUCAAAUACAAGAGUCGUUACACAGAAUCGAAACAAAUUAACGGUGGUGAAUAUGUGUAACGAUGUAUCCUUAAAUUGUGAAAUAUGUAUGUACAUUCAAAUAUUUGGCCUUGACCAGACAUGGUGUAUUGGUAAAAUCACUUAAAUGGAUAUGACCAAUUGACAAAGUAAUGAAAAGUUUGUUUUAAACCUGGCAUGAUAUAUUACGCAAGAUAUAUUCCUUCAAUCGAGGAUAAUAUACAUGUACAUAUACAUGUGCUUUGUGUUGGAUUGUGAUGAGUUUGAUAAAUAAGACAAUAGACGAAUGGUAUCUAAUACUUUGAUCUUGUUUCGCAUCACGUUGCCUCUUAUUGUUCCGUCUUCUAUCCCAUUUUGUUAACCAUGAAACAUAUCUAACAGCUUUGUGUUCUUUAAAUAUUAUUCAGUUUAACUGCUAUAUACAUUUCUUUUGCUUGGAAUAGUAUACAUUGUAUAUUAAAACGUAUUGGAAUCUGUAUUCCUACAAGUAUUAACAUUUACUUUAUAACAUAGAACUCAAAAUCAUGUAUAAUUUUGAAUUUUUAAUGAAGAUUUUAAUAUACAUGUGCAUGGAAAAUAUUAUUAUAUAAUCAAAAGCAAUUCUAUAAAAUAAAGUUUAAAAUGAUAAGAGAUAAUAUACAAGUUUAUUAUAAUUAGUAAAAAUAAAGUGUAAUUAUGCUUAUGAAAACACACAUAAUAUAACAUGAAAUCAUAUGGCUGUACAAAUAAAUACAGAAAAUUCAGCAUUUCUAUACAAAUGCUACACAAUUUAACAACCUAUAGUCACGUUGCCCGUCCUUUACUAAAGUUCACGAGUAAAAACAUGUAACAAGUAACUGUUGUAAUUUGUAAUGGAUGUAUUUUGAUUCUAUCAUUAUAUCGGUGAUACCAUUAACCAGUGUAUAUAAAUCACUUAUGGCAUUACACAUGAAUAUGAAACUGAUGGUAUUUGUAAAACUGAAUCACGCCCAUAAACAUC